UCAUUCACCGACUCAAAAACAGCUUCACAAACCCCCAAGAGCAAGUAUGGACCAAGUCAAGUUUAGUGGGGAGGUGAAGCAUACUAAGGCCCUCGGCACCAGAAACUUGUCCCAGGAAAUAGUCAAGAAGCUGAUCCACCAGUCUCAGGAGGCAAAGAAGCAAGCCUACUGUCCUUACAGCAAAUUCAGAGUGGGAGCUGCUCUACUGACCCUCGACAACUGUGUGUUUACAGGCUGCAAUGUGGAGAAUGCGUGUUACAACCUGGGUGUUUGUGCUGAAAGGAAUGCAAUCUCAAAGGCAGUGUCAGAAGGCUACAGAAGUUUCAAGGCCAUUGCAAUUGCCAGUGACCUGAAUGACCAGUUCAUCUCCCCCUGCGGUGGCUGCAGACAGUUCAUGAGAGAGUUUGGGGCAAAUUGGGAUGUGUACCUGUCAAAGCCUGACAGCUCGGAGUCGUACCUGAAGAUGACUGUGGAUGAGCUGCUGCCAGUCUCCUUUGGCCCUGAGGACCUGUCCAUGAAGAAAGUGUUUGACAUUCCUAAUGAGUACUGAGCCUGUAGUCUAGUACAAAAAAAGCACACACUUUUUGGUUCUUUGAGCCGCCAUGACAUGUACUGUGUAUAAUGCACAUGCUGCUGACAGUGUAUUCAUGUUUAGCAGUAGUUCUAUUUAUGGUAAAUAUUUGUUCUUGUAUCACCAGCUGAUUGUAAGCAAUGCCACAUAUUUAAAUGUGCUCUAUGUAUAGUGUAACUUUAAUAGACACAAGAUCAAACUAAUCGCCAGACUGUUAAAUGGAAAAUCUAUUGUGCCUUAAUUAGUGAUCCAUUUGCCUAAUUGAACAUAUUGAAUGCUGUGUUGUUUUUGUGUAAAGAAAAUGAUGGGUCAAACUUAUCCGCACAUUUUAAUAAAUUAGCUGCUUUAAAA